GAGAGAGAGAGAGAGGGGGAGAGAGGGAGGGACUAUUCCUUGAGACAGGAUGGUGACGCACUGUAUGGUUCAAUUUUCACCUGACUCAUACACUUCUAGGCAACUGUGACAAUGUGCACACCUGGUCUGAGGAGUGGAACUACAGUGGAUUACAAAAACAACCAUAACCAAAGGCAAAAUCCAUCAACCAGCUUCUCUAACAGUUUGUCUCGAUUCACUGCCUCCCAUGCCGGUGGGCAGUUUCAGCCAGGAUAUCAUCAAGUUGAUUUUCCACCCUUAAGUCACGAUAAGGACAAAGACGCUGAGAACAAACCUGACAUGUCACUCCUGCAGAAAGAUGUUUGGAGAAAAAUGCUGUAGGACUUAAAUCUUUUGAUGUGUCCCCAGGCAAAAUGUUUCUUCCUGUACAGUCCAUUUGGUGCAUUGUACUGACUCUAUGCAUGUCAGUCUGUGGUUUGGAGAUUCCUAAAUAUGAAGUCAUUUGCUCAAAGGGUCUCUCUGAUUGCACCAUCAUGAGCCAUGGGCAUGUUACUGUAGCAGAGGACAACAAUGCUGUGUAUGUCCAAAACCUGACUCCAUCUAUCAAGCUCUGCUGCAAAGACAGUGCACCAUGUACAUUAUGUCUGAUGAUAGACAUAGAGAUAAACAUCCAUCUGGAUAAAGUCAGUGAGGAUGAAGGCUCUGGGUAUGAGGAAGAGGAUUAUAGCGAGGAGACGGAGAGGAAUUCAAAAGCGUCUGUGACAGUGUGUUACAGCGUACCUACCAUGCCCACGUGCAAGAAGGUGGAGUUCAAGGUUAAUCAUACAGCUCUUUCUCUGCAAAACCAAGCAAAGAUUUUAAUGACGAUUACUAAGCCUGCUGGGAUUUCCUUCAGCAGCCAUGUGAUUGUUUAUUCUUCUACACAACCAAAGCCAUUGCAAAAAGUUGAUGCUCCUUCUCUAGAUGAAGUUUGCGUCCAGGAGCAGAAGGUACAUGUAAAAGAGUGUCAUGUGCCGAGUUUCAGCUGUGUAGUUGACCAAAAGAUGAAUUGGGUGGAGCUGCAGUUUGGCAGGAAUAAAAGCCUCCCCUUUGUUUGUGUCCAGUAUGAGAAGAAUGGAAUCUGUCAGAUCUGGAAUAGGACAACCAUCCCUCUGCAUUCUGUGACCCCCUGCAUGUGUCUUCAGGUAUGGGAUGAGGAUGAUCAGAGGUCUAUACGCACUCAAAGCUGCCCCUUCAUUAAUAACACAGAUUUUCUCCAAAGGAGCGUAUGGCAGAAUGUGUCAGUGUUUGUAAGUGUGGGACAAUUAAACAACUACCACACAAUGCUGUCAUGGAACCUGUCGGCCCCCUGCAGGCUGGAGGGUGAAGUGUGGCCCUGCCAGAAAGAGAACAGCUACUGCAGAGAAGUGAAGGGCUUUAGACAACAGCUGGAAAAUGGCACAUGGAGACAAAACAGUAAAGGGCAAUGGGAGACAAUAAGGGUGUUUGAAGACAUCCACGUUCAGCUCUCAGCAUGUGUGAUGGUGGAAGUAAAGGGAAUGGGAAGUGUGCUGGGUCCAUUCUGUUUAAAAAACAGCCUACUUGCAGACAGAUCACACUGGAUUCUCCUGGUUGUUGGUGUAAUGCUGCUGGUUUGCAUUACUGUGCUCAUAUUUUAUCUCCUUCAUGACUUCGUCAAGAAAUGGGCAUGGAGCUGGCAUCAUGGCGGAUUUGUAAAGAUUGGCAGAAACGGUUGUAUGGUGGUGUUGCUGAGCCCCCCAGAUGUGGAUGAUGGUGUUUCAGAGUCAGUAUGUCGGCUUGGCUCCCAGCUCUUUAACCAGGGCUUCAGUGUGUCUGUGGAUCAGUGGAGCAGGAAGGAGCAGUGCACUAUGGGGCCUCUGCCAUGGCUGCACUCCCAGUUGUUGGAGAUGAAAAGCCUGGGCGGCCGAGUUGUGCUCGUCUUGACCCGCAAAGCCUUGGAGAGAGCAGAGGAAUGGACCCAUGGAAAUGAAGAGGUUAGCAAGAUGAAGGAAGACAAGGGUCUCCCUCAGAUAUGUUCCCCUUACUCUGAUGUGUUCACGGCCUCCCUAUGCCUCAUUCAAGCGGACAAGCAGCUGGGCAUAGCUGGAGAACAUUUUCUUCUGGUGGAAUUUGACUCCCAUCCAAGAAUUGACAGAAGACUACCGGAGCUUCUUCAGGGGCUGCCCCUGUUCCAGCUUCCCUCUCAGAUCCAGGCUCUGUUGUCUGAACUUACUGUGGGAUGGACAAGGUGGAAAUGGAGUGCAAAGACUAAAGAGGGAAAAGAUAAGCAGAAGGCAUCACACUGUAAAUAGGUUGCAGUUGAGAGAAACUUGGGGACAACGCCUUUUAAGUUCCCAUAAAUUAUUGUUGCAUAUUAUCUGUGCUGAUAUCUGAAAGACUGUUCAUCCAAAUUGUGGAUAAGAAAAAUAUACGUCACUAAAGGCUGACUGGCAAUGAUCUAUAUUGUUGUUAUGUUAAACAAUUCCAUGACAUGGCCAACAACAAUAUAUCCAUCCCUCAUUACUUUUUUGACUACACUUUUCUGUCUCGAGUUACUAGAACCAAAACCGGUUUAUUUUUUCUUAAGAUGUUAAGUAAUUUCCUAACAAACGGCUGUACAUCGCAAGUUUUAGUUUUAAAAUUACUUAAAUAGGAGUAAUUUGUCAAAGACUAUUUUCAGCUGCAGAUUUGAUGUGUUAGCAAACAGCUGGGCAGCAGGAGGAGUUUGUGGGACUGGCUCAAAUGUUCAUUGUUGAAGGAAAAUGUCACAAAAUGCACCAAUGUCAAAAGUGUUUUUAGUGUUUUUUGGGCAAUAGCAAUGGUCUAUAAUGCAGAGGAAUACGUUAUAUAAGGCUUUGGCUACACAGACUACUUCUUAAAUAUUUAAAUCAUUGUUUGUUGUUGUCUUGUCAUCAAAUUUGUUGAGUAAGAAAAAUAUAGAAUAAGAUCAGACUUAUCCUUUAACCUAAACUCUUACAGCCUAGUUAUAUCGAUAUACUGUAAGUCUGUCAACACUUGUCUAUAAAUAAAUGUGCUUAUUUUAGUGCAUGGC